CAAUAAAUUCACCCACGUGGCAUCGUCCACAGAACGUUUCCUUGCUUUUCCUGAGUAGUUGAGGAUCUCAAUCAGUGCAGUACAGUCUAGCCACUGCACCCGUACCCUAACUAUCAUGUCUGUUCAGAAGCCGUCCUAUCACACUCGUCUCGGAAUGCUGGUCUACAAGAGGGGGAGCAGUGGAGAGGGGGGCGGGGUCAAAAGAGAUGUCAACCAUUGUUACCUGUCUCAAAAUUCAUUCAGUGAUGAGGGUGCCAAGAGAGUCAAGCUUGAUGAGGAGGAACCUGCUGUCAAUGAGUCCAUUACAGUGGACGAUGAGGCUAUGGAAGAAGAGGUGCGUGAUGAUGGCUGCGUGAGUGAUGAUGAGGACCAAACAAUGAAGGCAGCUCUGAGAAAGUAUGAGGACUUUAAAGCUACCUGCGGAGAUCUGCUUGACCCAAGUUUGGAUAUUGAGUUUGCCAAAAUGAAAGAUCUUGGACUUCCGACGAUGUUCGUCAAUUCUUAUGGAGACCUUGAGGAUGAGGAGGAAGACUGUGACCCCCUAUCUGUACGUAAUGGUGGCCACACCCACAAAAAUGCAUCACAACAGAAGAGGAAGAAAAAGGUGGAUAAAAGAGACGAUUUUUUUGUCCCUCCUGCAGACACUGGCUUCUCUAAUGGAACUCACUCGGGUGGUCGUGGUGAUGCUGGUAGGGAGUACAAGGAGUACACUGCAUCCACAAAACAGCUGGUACAUAUAGCAGAGCAGGAGUCAGCUUACAAUGAUCCCGACUUCAACAUAGACUGGGAUGAGGUGAAACUGGGCAAGGCAGCUGGCAUGCCUGGAGCCUGGAAAACAGACGAAGAUUCUAAACCAGUCCAGUCUGAGCCUACCCUCGACUCAGAAACAGAUGAACUGUUGACGGCACUUCGAAUCAAAGCUGCGGCAUUCUCCAAUGAAAGCUGGAGCAUCCAUUGGCUAGCUAAUGGCCCCCAGAUCUUGAUCGAUGGUUGGAAGCAAACUUAUCCCGACGUUCCUCUAUCUAGAGUAGCUAGAGUGUGCUCGGUGGAUUUUCUCGCUCCUUUUCUCACUGAAACAACCCCGCUCUUCAAUAGUGAAGAUCUUCAACAAUUUGCUUUGCAAGAUGACGACAAAGAUUGUCCCAAUAGUGAGGACAAAGAAACAGAAGUCAAAACAGCUAUUGAAAAUGAAUUAGAAAAACUGCAAAUAUCAGAUCAAGAUGCUACCCAAGAAAUUAAUGUGCCAACUGUUGUACAAAUGGACACGAGUGCUUCGAAAAAUGAGCCCCCCUGUGAAGAAAAAGUUAGCGAUGAGAACAUUACCGCUAUGUGGGGGGCCCACUAUAACAGUUACUACUGGUUCUGUUUCCAAAGCUACCAGCAAGAGCAGCUGUUGACCUCCGCAGGAGAGGAGGAUGCUGAUCCCGCCUCUAUCAUUGAAGACCAUACCCACCCCGAGCCCCAGAUAACCUCCGAUGACCCUCAACCAGUUCAACCCACCCACCUUGACCAUAAUGGCACACCUGAUAUAGACCAACCAUCCACUGAGACCAUCAUCCCCCUAACUGAGGACACUGUAGACCUCACGAUUAACAAACCUUCAACACUCAUGAUGAAUGCUUCUUCUCACCCGUUGAUCGAAGAACCAGAUGUGCUUGAAUGUGUAAGCAAUGGCGUAGCUCACAGUCAAGAAGAGGUCAGCGCUAUGGCAGAACCAGAUGUACUGGAAUGUUUAAGCAAUGGCGUGGCUCACGGUCAAGAGGAAGGUCAAGAGGAGAUCAGCUCUAAAGAACCAGAUGUGCUUGAAUGUGUAAGCAAUGGCGUGGGUCAUGGUCAAGAAGAGGUCAGCGCUAUGGCAGAUCCAGAGGAGCAGGAAACUAAACAAGAGAAUUGGCUCACUGAAGAAGAGAUGCUGCGAAGAAGGACUCUCCAGCGCUCUAGAAUACAGCAGCAAUGCAGUGUGCUGAACUUCUACAGUGUAGAGAUGAGUUCCUCUGACAGCUGUGACCCUCCUUGCCCAGUAUUCUUGAAGAUAGAACCAGACGUCUGGGCCAGAAAGUUCAGCAGGCAAAACAAAAAAGAGAAGAAAAAGAAAUCGUCAAAAAAGAAGGCAAUGUACUGUUCUGAUCCUGUUCAGUUGUCACAAGACAGCACUGUCGUAACUACAGGUAACCCUGGCAACCCAGGAGAGAGUGAAGAAGGCAAUAUCAAAGAUGCUGUUAAUCCAAUUCAAGACUCAAAUAAAAUCAUAGAAGUGGAAGAAGCAGUCGUAAGUGACCCCACCCCCUGCUAUGCUGGCACCCCCCUCUCCCUGUCUACCCUCCUCCCUGUCAACACAGCCAAAGACUCACCCGCCCUUGUCAAGUACUGGUCUCAAAGGUAUCGGCUCUUCUCAAAAUUUGAUGACGGAGUUUGUCUGGAUCAUGAGGGCUGGUUCAGUGCAACUCCGGAGAAGAUAUCAGAGCACAUAGCGGAGCGAUGUCGGUGUGACCUCAUCGUGGAUGCCUUCUGUGGGACAGGCAGCAACGCUAUACAGUUUGCCUUCACCUGCGAGAGAGUGAUAGCCAUAGACAUUGAUCCAGUAAAGAUAGCCUGUGCCGUGAACAAUGCGCGGAUCUACGGAGUGGAGGACAGGAUAGAGUUCAUUGUGGGAGAUUACUUUCUAAUAAUGCCUCAUAUCAAGUGUGCUGACGUGGUGUUCCUGAGUCCACCUUGGGGAGGCCCCGCCUACUCUACUGCGGACGUGUUCGACAUUCACACCAUGAUAGCCAUUGAUGGUGGGCGUGUGUUUCAAGUUGCUAGGGAAGUGACUGAAAACAUUGCCUUCUUCCUCCCAAAGAACACCAACAUAGAUCAGGUGGUAUCGCUAGCGAAGUGUGGGGAGUCGGUUGAAGUGGCACAGCACCUACUGAACCUUCGUCUCAAGGCCUUAACUGCUUAUUAUGGAGAACUUGUAAACACUGAUCAUGAGUUUUGACAAUAAUUAUAACAGAGCUAGUCAUGCAAUUAACAAUUAUGUGUAAAAUACUGUGUUUGAUCAACUUACGAGUAUUAUUUGUUGCUUGCA